GUUUGUCGGUGCUGCUGUCAUAAGCGGCGGUGCGCGGAGGCGAGGAGAGGGUGGGAGAGAAAUUCCUCCUUCUCGGGCUGUGACUGGCAGGAAAUGCAUAAAAGUUGUUCUACUGUACUCUAGCCUGGUGAAAUGUUGGUGCCAAUACACCUUUUGUUUCCAGCACUUAGAAAUGGAGAGAUGAGCAAAAUAUAUGUCACAGCCUGCCGCCAUCACAUCUUCCAGAGUCACCUAUGUACACAAAUCAGUUGGCAAGCAGCAGUCAGAUCCCUGCGAAAGACUUUUCCAAGACCCUUCUUCAGAUGGAGCAAGCCUGAAGACUUAUUUGGUCAUUUCCAUUCAAGGAACUACAGGACCACAGUUGCGCAAUUUUAUAACCUUACUCCUCCUCAAGUUAACAGUAUUCUGAAAGCAAAUGAGUACAGUUUUAAAGUACCUGAAUUUGAUGGGAAGAAUGUUAGUUCGGUUCUUGGUUUUGACUCUAACCAGUUGUCAGCUAAUUCUCCAGUUGAAGAUCGAAGAUGUGCGGCUACCUGUCUGCAGACCAGAGGAAUGCUCCUGAGUGUUAUAGAUGGACAUGCAGGAUGUGCCUGUGCACAGGCAAUCAGUGAAAGGCUGUUUUACUAUAUUGCUGUUGCUUUGCUAAAUCGGGAAACCUUACUGGAAAUAGAGAAUGCAGUGGAAAAUGGCCGUGUUGUAUUGCCACUCUUACAGUGGCAUAAACAUCCUAUUGACUACUUCAGUAAGGAGGCUUCAAAGAUGUACUUUGAUAGUUUAAGAACCUACUGGCAAGAGCUAAUUGAUCUGCACACUGAAGAGACACCAGAUAUAAUGGAAGCUUUGAUAAAUUCAUUCAAAAGGCUUGACAAUGAUAUUUCCUUAGAAGCUCAAGUGGGUAAUAGCAAUUCCUUUCUCAAUUAUUGGCAGUUGCGUGUGGCCUUUUCUGGUGCAACUGCCUGUGUUGCACACAUAGAUGGUUUAGAUUUGCACAUUGCAAAUGCUGGAGACAGCAGAGCUGUGCUUGGCGUUCAGGAGGAAAAUGGAACUUGGUCUGCACUCACACUGUCUAAUGACCAUAAUGCACAGAAUGAGAGGGAAGUGGAAAGAGUAAAGUCUGAACAUCCAAAAUCUGAGGUCAAGACUAUUAUCAAACAAGACCGUCUGCUUUCCUUGCUAAUGCCCUUUAGAGCUUUUGGAGAUGUUAAGUUCAAGUGGAGCAUAGAUUUGCAGAAACGGGUGCUGGAGUCUGGUCCAGAGGUGUUAAAUGAGAAUGACUGUACAAAAUUCUUCCCACCUAACUAUCUCACUCCCCCAUAUCUAACGGCUCAACCUGAAGUGACUUACCAUAAAUUAAGGCCUCAGGACAAAUUUCUUGUAUUAGCCACAGAUGGUCUGUGGGAAAUUUUACAUAGAGAGGAUGUUGUAAGAAUAAUUGGGGAGCAUCUAACUGGUGUCCAUCUUCAGCAACCUAUUUCUGUUGGGGGUUAUAAAGUGACUCUUGGUCAGAUGCAUGGUAUAUUAAUGGAAAGAAGAGAUCGCAUUUCAUCUGCAUUUGAGGAUCAAAAUUCUGCAACUCAUCUUAUAAGGCAUGCUGUUGGUCAAAAUGAAUUUGGAGCUAUUGAUCAUGAGCGUUUGUCCAAGAUGUUAAGUCUUCCUGAAGAACUUGCAAGAAUGUACAGAGACGAUAUAACUGUUACAAUAGUGCAGUUUAAUUCCCAUGUUAUAAGUACACAUUAUAAGCAUAAUGCAGAAAACUGAAAGCUGUGGUAAAUGUAGGUCAACAAAAUUUUGGAUACACAAGGUUUUUGAGAAAAUGGUACAUAAUUGCCAUUUUUUUUUUUUUUUUUUGUUAAUGUAAGCAAAUAUUACAACUAGGUCACUAGUAAUGACUUGAUCUCUAAAAGUUGGAAUUUGGCUGUCUGUCUGGCUUAAGUAAAUGCGUUGGGAGAGAUCUGCAAUGCUUUAAUAUGACAAUUGUAAAUAAACAAGAUCAAACAUUUA